CUGAGUCAGCAACUGAUAGGCUUCCAACUCAGGAUUCAAGCAACAGAAUCAAGAGUUUACAGUUUUCUGCUGGGACUAAGGAAGCCCCCUAAAGUUCCAUCAUGAGCACAGAUGCAGAGAUGCAGGCCUAUGGCCCUGCAGCCAUUUACCUCCGAAAACCUGAGAAAGAGAGAUUAGAGGCUCAGAACACUCCUUUUGAUGCCAAAAGUGCCUACUUUGUAACUGAUGCUGAUGACAUGUACGUGAAGGGUAAACUCGUCAAAAGAGAGGGUGGCAAGGCAACUGUUGAGACACUUACAGGAAAGACAGUCACUGUAAAAGAGGAUGACAUCCACCCCAUGAAUCCUCCAAAGUUUGAUAAAAUUGAGGACAUGGCCAUGAUGACCCACCUCAAUGAGCCUGCCGUGCUGUUUAACCUCAAAGAGCGUUUUGCAUCAUGGAUGAUCUAUACUUAUUCCGGCCUCUUCUGCGUCGUGGUGAAUCCCUACAAGUGGCUUCCUGUGUACGAUGCUCAGGUUGUUGUGGCAUACAGAGGCAAGAAGAGGAUUGAGGCUCCACCCCACAUCUUCUCCAUCUCUGAUAAUGCCUAUCAGUUCAUGCUCACUGAUCGUGAGAAUCAGUCUAUCCUCAUUACUGGAGAAUCUGGUGCAGGAAAGACUGUAAACACCAAGCGUGUUAUCCAGUAUUUUGCAACAAUUGCAGUAGCUGGAGCUAAGAAAGCUGAAACAUCCUCAGGAAAAAUACAGGGUUCACUGGAAGAUCAAAUCAUUGCAGCUAACCCUCUGCUGGAGGCAUAUGGAAAUGCCAAGACUGUGAGGAAUGACAACUCCUCUCGUUUUGGUAAAUUCAUCAGAAUUCACUUUGGCUCCACUGGAAAACUAGCCUCAGCUGAUAUUGAAACAUAUCUGCUGGAGAAGUCCCGUGUCACCUUCCAGUUGUCUGCUGAGAGAAGCUACCAUAUCUUCUAUCAGCUGAUGACAGGCCACAAGCCUGAGCUCCUGGAGUCUCUUCUAAUCUCCACUAACCCUUAUGACUAUCCAAUGAUCAGUCAGGGUGAAAUCACAGUCAAAAGUAUCAAUGAUGUGGAGGAGUUCAUUGCAACAGAUACUGCGAUUGACAUCUUGGGCUUCAGUGCUGACGAGAAGGCGGGCAUCUACAAGCUGACUGGCGCUGUGAUGCAUCAUGGAAACAUGAAAUUCAAGCAGAAGCAGCGUGAGGAGCAGGCUGAACCUGAUGGCACUGAGGUGGCUGAUAAAAUCGCCUACCUCAUGGGCCUGAAUUCAGCUGACAUGUUGAAAGCUCUGUGCUACCCAAGAGUCAAGGUUGGGAAUGAGUUUGUGACCAAAGGUCAGACUGUCCCACAGGUCAACAAUGCUGUCUCGGCUCUGUGCAAAUCUGUAUAUGAGAAAAUGUUCUUGUGGAUGGUUAUCCGUAUCAAUGAGAUGCUGGACACAAAGCAGCCCAGACAGUUCUUCAUUGGAGUGCUGGAUAUCGCUGGGUUUGAGAUCUUUGAUUUCAACAGCUUGGAGCAACUCUGUAUCAACUUCACCAAUGAGAAACUGCAACAGUUUUUCAACCACCACAUGUUUGUCCUGGAACAAGAGGAGUACAAGAAAGAGGGCAUUCAAUGGGAGUUCAUUGACUUUGGUAUGGACUUGGCUGCCUGCAUUGAGCUUAUUGAGAAGCCAAUGGGCAUCUUCUCCAUUCUUGAAGAGGAGUGCAUGUUCCCCAAGGCUACAGACACUUCUUUCAAGAACAAGCUGUAUGAUCAGCAUCUUGGCAAGAGCAAGGCAUUUGAGAAGCCAAAGCCUGCAAAGGGUAAAGCAGAAGCACACUUCGCCCUGGUUCACUAUGCUGGUACAGUGGACUACAAUAUCAAUGGCUGGCUGGACAAGAACAAGGACCCACUGAAUGAUUCAGUUGUGCAGCUCUACCAGAAGUCAUCAAACAAACUGCUGUGCUUCCUGUAUGCAGCCCAUGCUGGAGCUGAUGAUGCUGCUGGUGGCGGCAAGAAGGGUGGUGGAAAGAAGAAGGGUGGUUCUUUCCAGACAGUGUCUGCUCUUUUCAGGGAGAAUCUGGCCAAGCUGAUGACCAACUUAAGGAGCACUCAUCCUCACUUUGUUCGUUGCCUGAUUCCCAAUGAGUCAAAGACCCCAGGUCUUAUGGAAAAUCAUUUGGUCAUCCAUCAGCUGAGGUGUAAUGGUGUCCUGGAGGGCAUCAGAAUCUGCAGAAAGGGUUUCCCCAGCAGAAUCCUCUAUGGUGACUUCAAGCAGAGAUACAAAGUGUUGAAUGCCAGUGUCAUCCCUGAGGGACAGUUCAUCGACAACAAGAAAGCUUCAGAGAAGCUGCUUGGCUCCAUUGAUGUGGAUCACACACAGUACAAGUUUGGGCACACGAAGGUGUUCUUCAAAGCUGGUCUGCUGGGCACUCUUGAGGAGAUGAGAGAUGAGAAACUGGCUGAGCUGGUGACCAUGACUCAGGCUCUCUGCAGAGGAUACGUCAUGAGGAAAGAGUUUGUGAAGAUGAUGGAGAGAAGAGAUGCUAUCUUCAGCAUCCAGUACAACAUCCGUUCAUUCAUGAAUGUCAAGAACUGGCCAUGGAUGCAUCUGUACUUUAAGAUCAAGCCUCUUCUAAAGAGUGCUGAGACUGAGAAGGAGUUGCAGAACAUGAAGGAGAACUAUGAGAAGAUGCAGACAGACCUGGCUACUGCUCUGGCAAAGAAAAAAGAACUGGAAGAGAAGAUGGUCGGCCUGCUGCAGGAGAAGAAUGACCUGCAACUUCAAGUAGCAGCUGAAAAUGAGAAUCUCUCUGAUGCUGAAGAAAGGUGUGAGGGGCUCAUUAAGAGCAAGAUCCAGCUCGAGGCCAAACUCAAAGAGACAAGUGAGAGACUGGAGGAUGAAGAGGAAAUCAAUGCUGAGCUGACUGCUAAGAAGAGGAAGCUGGAGGAUGAAUGCUCUGAGCUAAAGAAGGACAUUGAUGACUUGGAGCUCACCUUGGCCAAAGUGGAGAAGGAGAAACAUGCCACAGAAAACAAGGUGAAAAACCUGACAGAGGAGAUGGCAUCUCAAGAUGAGUCAAUUGCCAAGUUAACCAAGGAGAAGAAAGCCUUACAAGAGGCCCAUCAACAAACACUGGAUGAUCUCCAGGCAGAGGAAGACAAAGUCAACACUCUGACCAAAGCCAAGACAAAACUGGAACAGCAAGUUGAUGAUCUUGAGGGUUCACUGGAGCAAGAGAAGAAGCUCCGCAUGGACCUUGAGAGAGCCAAGAGGAAGCUGGAGGGAGAUCUGAAACUGGCCCAGGAAUCCAUAAUGGAUCUGGAGAAUGACAAGCAGCAGUCUGAUGAGAAAAUCAAAAAGAAGGACUUUGAAAUCAGUCAGCUUCUUGGCAAGAUUGAGGAUGAGCAGUCUCUUGGUACUCAGCUUCAGAAGAAGAUCAAAGAACUCCAGGCUCGUAUUGAAGAGCUGGAAGAGGAGAUUGAGGCUGAGAGGGCAGCUCGGGCUAAGGUAGAGAAGCAGAGAGCCGACCUCUCCAGGGAGCUUGAAGAGAUCAGUGAGAGGCUUGAGGAAGCUGGUGGAGCAACAGCUGCUCAGAUUGAGAUGAACAAGAAGCGAGAGGCUGAGUUCCAGAAACUGCGUCGUGAUCUUGAAGAAGCAACUCUGCAGCAUGAAGCUACUGCAGCAGCUCUCCGUAAGAAGCAGGCUGACACUGUUGCAGAGCUCGGAGAGCAGAUCGACAACCUCCAGCGUGUCAAACAGAAGCUGGAGAAAGAGAAGAGCGAGUACAAGAUGGAGAUUGAUGACCUCUCCAGCAACAUGGAGGCUGUUGCCAAAGCAAAGGGCAAUCUGGAGAAAAUGUGCCGAACUCUUGAAGACCAGUUAAGUGAGCUCAAGUCCAAAAAUGAUGAGAAUGUUCGCCAGCUUAACGACAUGAGUGCACAGAGGGCAAGACUCCAAACUGAGAAUGGUGAAUUUUCUCGUCAGCUUGAGGAAAAGGAAGCUCUUAUUUCCCAGCUUACCAGAGGCAAACAGGCUUACACUCAACAGAUUGAAGAGCUUAAGCGACAUACUGAGGAGGAAGUGAAGGCCAAGAACGCCCUGGCUCAUGCUGUUCAGUCAGCACGUCAUGACUGUGAUCUGCUCAGAGAGCAGUUUGAGGAGGAGCAGGAGGCCAAGGCUGAGCUGCAGCGAGGAAUGUCCAAGGCCAACAGUGAGGUGGCUCAGUGGCGAUCCAAAUAUGAGACUGAUGCCAUCCAGCGCACUGAGGAGCUGGAGGAGGCCAAGAAAAAGCUUGCCCAGCGCCUGCAGGAGGCUGAGGAAUCCAUUGAGGCUGUGAACUCCAAGUGUGCCUCACUGGAGAAGACCAAGCAGAGGCUGCAGGGUGAGGUGGAGGACCUCAUGAUUGAUGUGGAGAGAGCUAAUGCUCUGGCUGCCAACCUUGACAAGAAGCAGAGGAACUUUGAUAAAGUCCUGGCAGAAUGGAAGCAGAAGUAUGAGGAGAGCCAGGCAGAGCUGGAAGGAGCCCAAAAGGAGGCUCGUUCUCUCAGCACUGAGUUGUUCAAGAUGAAGAACUCAUAUGAAGAGGCUCUGGAUCAUCUUGAGACCAUGAAGAGAGAGAACAAGAACCUGCAGCAGGAGAUCUCAGAUCUGACUGAGCAGAUUGGUGAGACUGGAAAGAGCAUCCAUGAGCUGGAAAAAGCCAAGAAGACUGUAGAAAGUGAAAAGGCUGAGAUUCAGACUGCCCUUGAAGAAGCAGAGGGCACUCUGGAACAUGAAGAAUCCAAGAUUCUUCGUAUUCAGCUUGAGCUAAACCAAGUCAAAAGUGAGAUCGACAGGAAGCUGGCAGAGAAGGACGAGGAGAUGGAGCAGAUCAAGAGGAACAGCCAGAGGGUGAUUGACUCCAUGCAGAGCACCCUUGAUGCUGAGGUCAGGAGCAGGAAUGAUGCCCUGAGAGUCAAGAAGAAGAUGGAGGGAGACCUGAAUGAGAUGGAGAUUCAGCUGAGCCAUGCCAACAGACAGGCUGCUGAGGCCCAGAAACAACUGAGGAAUGUCCAAGGACAGCUCAAGGAUGCCCAGCUGCACCUUGAUGAAGCUCUCAGAGGACAGGAAGACAUGAAGGAGCAGGUCGCCAUGGUUGAGCGCAGAAAUGGUCUGAUGGUGGCUGAGAUUGAGGAGCUGAGAGCCGCUCUGGAGCAGACAGAGAGAGGACGCAAAGUAGCUGAGCAGGAGUUGGUUGAUGCUAGCGAGCGUGUUGGACUGCUUCACUCUCAGAACACCAGUCUUCUGAACACGAAAAAGAAGCUCGAAGCCGAUUUUGUGCAGAUCCAGAGUGAGGUGGAUGAUGCUGUGCAGGAAGCAAGAAAUGCUGAGGAGAAAGCAAAAAAAGCCAUCACUGACGCUGCCAUGAUGGCUGAGGAGCUGAAGAAGGAGCAGGACACCAGUGCUCACCUGGAGAGGAUGAAGAAGAACCUGGAGGUCACAGUCAAGGACCUGCAGCACCGUCUGGAUGAGGCAGAGAACCUCGCCAUGAAGGGUGGCAAGAAGCAGCUCCAGAAACUGGAGUCCAGGGUCCGUGAACUGGAAGCUGAACUUGAAGCUGAGCAGAGACGUGGUGUUGAUGCUGUUAAAGGAGUCCGGAAAUAUGAGAGGAGAGUGAAGGAGCUCACUUAUCAGACUGAGGAAGACAAGAAGAAUGUGACCAGACUUCAGGAUCUGGUGGACAAGCUGCAGCUCAAAGUCAAGGCUUACAAGAGACAGUCUGAGGAGGCUGAGGAGCAGGCAAACACUCACAUGUCCAGGCUCAGGAAGGUCCAGCAUGAGCUGGAGGAAGCUCAGGAGCGUGCUGACAUUGCUGAGUCCCAGGUCAACAAGUUGAGAGCCAAGAGCCGUGAUGUCGGAAAGGGAAGUGACUCGGCUGAAUAGGAAAUGCAAUCUAGUUGCAGCAUUUGAGAGUUCAUACAAUAUGAACAACUUUCUCUGUAAAUCCUCAAUAAAUGGUGAAAAUUU